AUGGCUUCUGAUGCUAGCACCAAAAUAUCAAAGCAACCCAAGACAGCAAAGACAUCUCUGAAGAAAGUUGUGAACCAUGUUAACCCUCCAGUUGCUUCUGAUAAGAAGACUGGUGAACGCCCACCUGACAAAGAUAGAAAAAAAGAUAUUCCUCAACCCCGUAUGCAAUUUGAUGAUGCACAUCGGGUGGUGAAAGCAAAGAAGCGUUCAGGUGUUAGCCAAUCAGAAGCUCGAAACAGGGUCGAACUGUUCAGACAUCUGCCUCAAUAUUCACAUGGCACUCAACUUCCUGACCUUGAGUCAAAAUUUCUUCAACCUGAUCUAAUGCAUCCUUCUGUGUACAAAGUUGGACUUCAGUAUCUGUCUGGUGACAUAUCGGGUGGCAAUGCUCGCUGUAUAGCAAUGCUUCUUGCAUUCAGAGAGGCAAUAAAUGAUUACUCCAUGCCUGCUGAAAAAAUUCUGAAUAGGGAUCUUACUGCUAAAAUCAGUAGCUAUGUGUCAUUUCUCAUUGAGUGCAGGCCUCUUUCAAUCAGCAUGGGCAACGCUAUUAGGUUUUUGAAGAACAGGAUUACCAAGGUACAACUUGCAUUGUCAGAGUCAGAAGCUAAAGUUAGUCUUCAAUCUGACAUUGAUCGCUUUAUAAAUGAGAAGAUAAUAGUUGCAGAUAAGGUCAUUGUUAGUCAUGCUGUCACAAAAAUCAGAGAUGACGAUGUCCUAUUGACAUUUGGGUCAGCCUCUGUUGUUGAAAUGAUUUUUGACCAUGUUCAUGAACUUGGAAAGAAGUUUCGUGUUGUGGUGGAGGUUACAAGAGUGUUUUUGGGCGCCUCUUCAGUACUAUCAAAUGGUACUGUCUACUCCAGAGUUGGGACAGCUUCGGUUGCUAUGGUCGCACAUGCUUUUGGAGUUCCUGUUCUAGUGUGCUGUGAGGCAUACAAGUUUCAUGAGAGGGUUCAACUCGAUUCUAUAUGCUUUAAUGAACUUGGUGACCCAGAUGCUAUUUCAAGAGUUCCUAGGGAUGAAAGUUUGAGCCAUCUCAAAAACUGGGCUGAGAACGAAAAUCUUCACCUUCUGAAUCUUAAGUAUGAUAUCACCCCUUCCGAUUAUGUUUCAAUGCUCAUAACAGAUUAUGGAAUGCUCCCACCUACUAGUGUACCAGUCAUUGUGAUUGGUUCCACUGAUAUGGAUCACUUAAUCAUUGUGGUCGGUUUCAAGUUCCUACCAGCAAGGAUUGCUGUUUUUGACUGUUCAUAG